AUGCCCUAUCGCACCAACCUCCCCGAGAAAUUGUCCGACACAUACCAGAGCUGCCGGCCACUGGAAGGCGUGGGACAUUCCACAUUCCAACGCGUCCCAGUGCCGCUUCUCAUUGGUUUGCGCUACCUGGGAGAGGCUGGACUAUGGGAAUUCGUAUCGGCGUACACGCCGGGUCAAGUGUAUCAGAUAUUCUCCGGGGCCAGACUCUUCGGAUGGUCUUUCGAGGGGAAGGUCGAUCUGGGGAGUACAGGGGUGACGCCAACUGGAGCCAAUGGAGCCACAAUGGAGACAAUGCAGGCGUAUGGAGUACCCCUGGGCGGAUACCCAAUCCCGCUAGCUUCAUUGCGGACUAGUUUCAUGGCUAGCGCUGCACGUCUCAUGGUCCUUGGGACCAGCCGCGCGUACGGAGUUCAAGGAUGGAUAUACAAGCAGGUUUAA